UGGGCUCAACGCAUGGCUGAAACCACGCCCACCGGAUGUGCAUAGAAUUUUCCCGGGAAAGCUCAGUUUGUGGACGAGCUGUGCUGAAGCUGCUGAGGAGUCAAUACACAAUGGAGAAAAUAACAGAGAAACUUCUGCUGGAGAAAGGUUCUCCAAAAACCAACAAACUGGACAAAAUCAAGACACUGAAUCUGUCCAAACUCCAACUGAAGAAUCAGGAUUUGCCCGUCAAGCUGCUCUCCGGUCUCAAGUCCCUUGAGCGAUGGGAUCUGUCUGGGAACAGAAUCCAAGAGUUUCCCAAGAACCUGGAGCUACCUGCGCUCCGCUACCUGGACCUCAGCGACAACCAGAUGGAGGAUGUUACGACUCUGGAGUCUCUAAGCGGUCUGGAGGAGCUGAAGCUGGAGGACAACCUUUAUAUCACGGUGAGUGAUAAUCACAAGCUGAUGGUCCUGUUACCCAAGCUGAGGAUGUAUAAUGGUAAAGAUGUCAGUACCAGUGCCAACCACCUACGCUUCGUCUACAGUGAGAACCUGAGGACCAGGACAAUCGCAGUUUGGGAGAAGAGCUUCUCUCUCCCGGAUCCCGUCACAGCAGAGAAGCUGUCGACCCUGGAGAAGAACUUUGUCAAUGCCGCCCGACAGCAGGUUAAAUACGGACCCAGCUCAGUCUCUGACUUCACCAAAUGGAGGGUGGAGAUUAUAGCUAAAGAGUACCUUCUCUCUCUGGUGGAACCAAAGAAAGAGCCGGAGAGCAACGAGAACACUGAGACAAAAGACAACUGUGAAAUCUCAACUCCUACCAAGAGGAAACAAUCUCCAGUAGCGGACGCCAACAUUCGACUGACGCCUCGCAAGAAGCUGCGUUCAGAUCUCCCAGAAUCCCCGGUCCCAGUCAGUCCUCGCAAAACUGCCCUCCGCCUCAAAUCUCAGCCGCUAACCGACAGCGUCCGGAUGAGCCCCCGCAAGACCGAGCCGCCUCCCGUUACCCCCACCAGAGGUCGGCCGAGGAAGGACGCGCCCAAGAGGGCUCCUAAAAAAGAUGACACGGCUCAGAUUGAACAGGAGGAAAAUAUCAAAAGAAAAUUUUCUACUGCCACAAGGCUGCCAAAAUACGUGAUGCCGAUAGUGAAGAGCUGUAGCAAGCCGUUGCGUCUGAAGCCUCUCCACGUGCUCCAGUGUCACAGUAAACAGGACAACUCAGACGACUUCUCCACUCAGCUGUGGGCCUGUGCUUUCCAGCCGCUGCCAGAUUCCACAGAUGAUUCUGCUGGAAGCCGCCUGGUUGCAACCUGCGGAGGAGACUCAGUCUGUGUGAUUGACUGUGAAACGGGGAUGGUGAUGAAGAAGUAUAAAGUUUCCGGAGAGGAGUUCUUCUCGUUGGCCUGGUCCACGGUGUUGAUGUCCCGGGGAGGGGGGGCCCCGGCGCAGCACUGCAGCAUCCUGGCGGCCGGUGGAAAGCGAGGACUGGUCAAACUGAUCCACCCCAGAAACAACGUGGCCUAUGGGGAGUUCAGAGCCAGCCGCAAGGCGCUGUCCGUCCUCCGCUUCAACCACCAGCAGGGAAACUUCCUCUUCACCGGAUCUUAUGACAACAAGAUCGUGAUGUGGGACAUCGGGGGAGUGGACAGCCAGUACAACUACAAAGUUGUUCAGCUGAUGCUGUUGGAAACCAGCGCCACCCCCCUGCACAUCUGCCUCCCGCCCACGUCGCCCAGCACUCACCUGCUCACGGCCUGCGAGGACGGCCUGCACUGCUUCAACACACAACUCGGUAACAACAGCACCACCAAGAGUAGGUCCAAGGAGAUGGAGAUAACUUUCCCCAUUUAUAAGAAGGAAGACAAAGAUCAUGACUACCACACCGUUGAUGGCCUGAGUUUCCUUGCUAACGACAUAGUUGCCUCUAAGAACCACCUGCACGGUUCUAUUUACUUGUGGAGCUGGAGCAAGACAAAGGCUCAGCGGCCGGACAAGAAGAACAGGACGGUGUGUGCUGUGGUUCUGGCUGAGCUGCAGUGGGCCAACACAGAGAUUCCUUACCUGGCUCUCAACACCUGCCCCGGACAAGUCUACGUAGUGUGUGGUGACGACAAAGGACGACUGUGGACGUACCACAUCACCGACCUCCAGAACAACCGGUUCCAGAGCGGGAAACCCAUUCAGCCCACUGAGGUGUUGGACUGGCCGACACCGGUGAAGAAGGGUCAGAGCCAAGUGGAGGGCCCCUCCAUCAACAGUGUAGCAAUGGACCCUGAGCUACGCUACCUGGUGGCCCUCAGCGACAAGAACAUGGUGAUAGUGUGGAAAAGAGACGAGUGCUCCUGAGGAGAACAGUCGUGUGACUUUUACUCCUGAAGGGAAAUCAUACAAGUGAUUAGAGUUUCUGAACCGAGGAGAGAACAGUAGAGAAUGUACCAAAUGUUGGUAUAUGUGAGAGUACGUCCGAUACAGAACUGAUAAUGUGAUGGAACGUUACGAUGUCUGUCACUGGAUGUUUCUCCAGGAUCUGGUUUCUUAGUAAUUUCCCUCCGUUUGUAUGAGGAAGGUCAUGUUGACCCUGCUGCUGCAGUCACAUCCGUCAGAGCCAAAAAAACACCAGAUAGUUUAAAGUUAUACAAUAACAAUUAUCUGUAUUUUCUAUUUGAAAAAUAUCUCAUUCUACACACACUGUCAAUUUAUACUGAAAAGUCACAACUGGAGGCGAUAGUUGAGUAAAGUAGGGAAAAGAGAUAUGGAUUGUCGGUGUGUGACAAAUCAUCAAUACAUUUUUAUGAAAGUACAAAUCCCCUAAAGUCCAACCUCAAUAAAUAUGAUAUGCAUAUAUUAAAAAACCCACAAAUUCUUGGUCUAAUGUCCCUUGAACGUGUGGUUUUAUUUGAGUCCUUUCUCAGUUUCACGUCAUGGUUUCAGUUUAGUUUUAAUGAAGUGGUUCCGUGAACAGUCGUGUGACUUUUACUCCUGAAGGGAAAUCAUACAAGUGAUUAGAGUUUCUGUACCGGGGAGAGAACAGUAGAGAAUGUACCAAAUGUUGGUAUAUGUGAGAGUACGUCCGAUACAGAACUGAUAAUGUGAUGGAACGUUACGAUGUCUGUUACUGGAUGUUUCUCCAGGAUCUGGUUUCUUAGUAAUUUCCCUCCGUUUGUAUGAGGAAGGUCAUGUUGACCUUGCUGCUGCAGUUACAUCCGUCAGAGCCAAAAAAACACCAGAUAGUUUAAAGUUAUACAAUAACAAUUAUCUGUAUUUUCUAUUUGAAAAAUAUCUCAUUCUACUCACACUGUCAAUUUAUACUUAAAUAGUCACAACUGAAGCUGAUAGUUGAGUAAAGUAGGGAAAAGAGGAAAUAUGGAUUGUCGGUAUGUGACAAAUCAUCAAUACAUUUUUAUGAAAGUACAAAUCCCCUAAAGUCCAACCUCAAAAAAUAUGAUAUGCAUAUAUUCAACAAACCACAAAUUCUUGGUCUAAUGUCCCUUGAACGUGUGGUUUUAUUUGAGUCCUUUGCUCAGUUUCACGUCACGGUUUCAGUUUGGUUUUAAUGAAGUGGCUCCGUGUUAAUUAUUACUCUACUCAGUUGUAAUGAGAAGCUGCUGACACUGGUACUUUGUUGUUCUUUUACUUAAUGAGUAAACCUGAACAUGGUCCUUUUCACCACUGUCAACAUGUGGUCAAAUUACCGAGAGAUGGCUGAGAUAUCUGUCCAGCAGCUGUUUUCAGUCUUACAUACAAUUUCUGCAUUUUUUAUUAUAUUUUCUUCUUUCAUGUACAUAUUUAUUUUUAAAUCUGCACAUGUAUGGAACUGUUUAAAGACCAGCCUUGGACCUGUCUGUGUAAUGGCGCCUUGUAAUGUGCUGAGAUGUUCAGGAAUGCAAACACAGCAGUGUCGGCUGCUCUGUAAGGACAAAGUGAAGAUGCAUCUGGAAAGUGACUUCAGCGUGAGAACAGCGUGUUCCUUCCUGUGUAUUUACAGAGAUCCCAACCCACAGUUUUAUCCCACACUAGUUUACUGAGCCUGAUUAUUUGUACCAGCUUUGUACAUUGACCUUAUUCAUUUAAUUAAAAAAAGACUUUGAAAAGAA